GGCCACUAUAGUGGCGCGCGCCUUCAAUCUCAGAGGCCAGCCAGUUUCCCAGCAUCACCCAAAAGAGAAAAAACAAAAGAGUCAGCUCGUGCUUUUAUGAUGGAUGGGAGAGGCACGCGGAGGGAGGAAGAGGAGGCGCAUCUCCUCGCAAAUACUUGACACAUUAGUGUUGACAAACAAGUCAUGUGACGGCCAUGAAGAUGGCGCAGCUUACUGUAUUGCAGUGUUCUCACUAUUUUCUUGCACCAGCUGAACAACUAAUUACCAAGAUGCUGUAUGAGGUCGGAGCGCGCACGGAAGACCGCAAGAGAAAACCACACACGUUUGAAACAGGAGUUGCGGAAAGAAACCCUUAAAAAUCGGAUGCAAUCACCCUUUUUUUUCUUUGAGGGGAGCUAAGAAAAAAAAAAAAAAAAAAAGGCGCUCACGUCUGUGCGCGCCUGCGCGUGUGUGCGUUACAUUAGGUGGACACGGAGACUGCAUCAGACUGAAGACGCACGCCGGUUCAUAAUAGAGCAGAAAUACGGAGGCUUGGAUGAUCCAUCCAAACGCGACUCCAACCAGACAUGUAGUCCGAGCAGACGAGACAAUGUGGAGCAUCUAGCUCUCAUUUUUUAUUUAUUUCUUUUUUUAAAGCAGCAUCCUCACGAUAUCGACAUAAUGUGGCUUUCUCCAGCGGAGGGAAAUUAACCAAAAAUGUGGAUACCUACAGAAGAGGAGAAAAUCGGAGUUGUGAUCUGCAACUUCCGGUCAUCGAUAUGUCAAGCUCUGAUCCUGGAAAUUGGGGAAACUGUACAGAUUCUGGAAAAAUGUGACGGUUGGUAUAGAGGCUUCUCAACCAAGAAACCCUCUAUUAAGGGUAUUUUUCCUGUCAGCUAUGUCCACCUGAAGAAAUCUACUGUCACAAACAGAGGGUUGUGUGAGACAGUGGUGCCUCUGGAGGACCCUAUUAUCACAGAGACCACCUCCACGCUGCAGGAGUGGGGCAUCCUGUGGAAGCAGCUUUAUGUGAAACACAAGGUGGACCUUUUCCAUAAGCUGCGUCAUGUGAUGAAUGAGCUCAUCGACCUGCGUCGGCAGCUGAUUCAGGGUCACCUCUCUCAGGAGCAGACUCGCGAGAUCAAGAGGCACAUCACCGUACGACUUGACUGGGGCAAUGAGCACCUUGGACUGGACCUGGUUCCCAGGAAAGAAUUUGAAAUGGUGGAUCCAGAUCAGAUCAGUGUAUCAGAGCUGUACAAAUUGCACGUAUCCAGCAGACACUGUGGUCAGCAAAGCACAAACCAGGGUGACAGCACGAAGCAGCGCCACGGCGAUGGUUGCCGCGUUCCUGUGUCGCACCAUCUCUUCAUCAAUCUGAAGAGCUUUACUUACAACAGCAUCAGCGAAGACGCGGAUGUUUUCUUUUUUCUGUAUGACACUCGCGAGGCCAAACAAAUCAGUGAGAAGUUCAUGGUGAGACUGAACAAAAAUGGAGGACCAAAGAAUCCGGAGAAGGCCGAUCGCCUCUGUGCCCUCUUCACAGACUUAAGCAGUAAAGACUUGAAGAGAGAUCUCUACAUCGUUGCACAUGUUGUUAGAACCGGUCGCAUGCUGCUAAAUGACUCAAAGAAAGGCUUGCCUCAUGUGCAGUAUAGACGGCCGUAUGGCUGCGCUGUGCUCGCCAUGAGUGAUGUUUUCCACACCAUCACGGACCUCAAAGAGGAGAAAGACUUUGUGCUCAAAAUUUAUACAUGUAAUAACGAGAACGAGUGGUACCAGAUUCACGAAAACAUCAUCCGCAAGUCCAACACCAAGUACUCAGCCCCAAGCACCAACUAUGGCCUCAUCAUUUCCCUGCAGCUGCUGCGAGGUGAGCUGGAGCAGAUCAGACGGGAGAACCAGGCCGUCUUCAACAGGGCCCUGGCGCUCACACGCAAACUGGGUUUCCCAGAUGUCAUACUGCCAGGUGACAUCCGCAACGACCUGUACCUAACCCUGGAGCGGGGGGAGUUUGAGAGGGGAGGGAAGAGUGUCCAGAAGAACAUUGAAGUCACGCUUUAUGUGCUCUACGCUGAUGGGGACACACUCAAAGACUGCAUCAGUUUGGGCAGCGGGGAGCUAAACACCUCAGAGUAUCGCUCAUUUGUCCUGUACCACAACAACAGCCCGCGCUGGAGUGAGAUGGUCAAGCUACCCAUUCCUAUAGACCGUUUCAGAGGCUCCCAUCUGCGCUUUGAGUUCAGACACUGCUCUACUAAAGAUAAAGGGGAGAAAAAGUUAUUUGGCUUUGCUUUCACCCCUCUGAUGAGAGAAGACGGGACCACGCUCUCAGAUGAGAUCCACGAGCUUUAUGUGUACAAGUGUGAUGAAAACACCACCUUUAGUAACCAGGGCCUGUACCUGAGCCUGCCCUGCUGUAAGGAGGAUUUCAACAGCUGCCCCGCCCUGCCUGCCAAUCUGCCCUUCCAGAGGAGUCCCAAAGAAACCUUCUGGGUCUCCACAAUACUCUGCUCCACCAAACUCACACAAAAUGUGGACCUUUUGGCUUUGCUGAACUGGAAGGCCCAUCCGGACAGAAUACUGGACAUCCUCGGUCGACUCCGUCAGAUUAGUGGAGAGGAGAUUGUCAAGUUCUUGAGAGAUGUCCUAGAUACGCUCUUCUGUCUUUUAGAUGACAACACUGAUAAAUAUGGCCCAUUGGUUUUCCAGUCUCUGGUGUACAUCAUUAACCUACUCAGGGAUAGCCGCUUCUACCACUUCAGACCUGUCAUGGACGCCUACAUCCAGAACCACUUUGCUGGUGCUUUGGCAUACAAGGAGCUGAUCCGAUGUCUGAAGUGGUACAUGGACCGCUCAGCGGAAGUGGUUAGACAGGAUCACAUUCAGGAAGCCAUGAGGGCGCUCGAGUAUCUGUUCAAGUUCAUCGUCCAGUCCCGUAUCCUGUAUUCAAGAGCGACCUGUGGGAGGGAGGAGGAGCAGUUCAGAGUGAGCAUCCAGGAGCUCUUCCAGUCCAUCCGCUUCGUUCUAAGUCUGGACAGCCGCAGCUCCGAGAAUCUGGUGUUCACACAGGCAGCUCUGUUGAACAGCUUCCCUGACAUAUUUGACGAGCUGCUGCAGAUGUUCACUGUUCAGGAGGUAGCUGAAUAUGUCAGAGGCACUCUUGGGAGCAUGCCCAGCACGGUGGACAUUGGUCAGUCUAUGGAUGUUGUCAAGCUGCAAUCCAUUGCUCGUACCGUUGAGAGCCGCCUCUUCUUCUUCCCCGAGUCCCGCAGUAUUUUGCUGCCAGUAGUUUUGCAUCACAUCCAUUUGCAUCUUCGCCAGCAGAGGGAGCUGCUCAUAUGCUCUGGAAUCCUGAGCAGCAUCUUCUCCAUAAUUAAAACAAGUUCCAUGGAGUCUUCUGUUCAGGAGGAGGUGGAGAUGAUGGUGGAGAGUUUGCUGGAUGUACUUUUGCAGACUCUGCUGUCCAUCAUGAGCAAAUCUCAUUCAGUGGAGACGUCCAGAGGACAGCGCUGUCCCCAGUGCACUGCUGAGAUAACGGGGGAGUAUGUUUCCUGUCUUCUUUCUCUACUGCGACAAAUGACGGAAAUCCACUUCCACCAUCUGCUCAAUAGCUUCCACAGCAAGGAGGAGCUCAAGGAGUUCCUGUUAAAGAUUUUCUGCGUAUUUCGCAAUCUGAUGAAGCUGACUAUCUUCCCCCGAGACUGGAGCAUCAUGAGGCUUCUCACCAGCCAUAUCAUCGUCGUGACAACACAGUUCCUCUCUCCUGCGCUGCACAAAAACUUCUCCGAGGCAGAUUUUGAUUUCAAGGUGUGGAACUCCUUCUUCAGCCUUGCUGUUCUGUACAUCAACCAGCCCAGUCUGCAGAUGGAAGCUCUCGGCCCCGCGAAGAGAAAGAAAACCCUCGACAAGUACAGUGACAUGAGAGUAAUAAUGGCGUAUGAGCUGUGCAGCAUGUGGCAGAAAUUAGGUGAAAACAAACCCCACUUCAUCCCAGGAAUGAUGGGUCCUUUUCUCGGAGUGACUCUUGUGCCUCAGCUUGAAAUUCGUAAUAUUAUGAUCCCAAUUUUUCAUGAUAUGAUGGAUUGGGAACAGCGGAAAAAUGGCAACUUUAAACAGGUGGAGGCGGAGCUGAUGGAUAAGCUGGACAGCAUGGUGUCAGAUGGGAAAGGUGACGAUAACCACAGAGAGCUGUUCAGCCUGCUAACACAACUAUUUGGUCCUUAUCCGAGCUUGUUGGAGAAGAUAGAACAGGAGACCUGGAGAGAAACUGGAAUCUCUUUUGUUACUUCUGUCACAAGACUUGUGGAGCGCAUUUUGGAUUACAGGGACUGCAUGAAAGGAGAUGAAGUGGAAAGUAAAAAGAUUGGAGGUUCUGUCAAUCUGAUGAACUUCUACAAGUCAGAAGUGAACAAGGAGGACAUGUACAUCCGUUACAUCCAUAAACUGUGUGACCUGCAUCUGCAAGCAGAGGAUUUUACAGAGGCAGCAUUCACCCUGCUGCUGUACUGGGAGCUGCUGCAGUGGGAAGAUCGGCCUCUGAGGGAUUUCCUGCACUAUCCCUGUCAGAGUGAGUGGCAACGCAAAGAAAACCUGAGCCGUAAAAUCCUCCACUACUUCAACAAGGGCAAGUGCUGGGAGUACGGCAUCUCUCUCUGCCGAGAACUGGCUUUCCAGUAUGAGACUCUGUACGACUAUCAGAGCCUUAGCUGGAUACGGAAAAUGGAGGCAGCAUAUUAUGACAACAUCAUUGAGCAGCAGCGAAUUGAACCUGAAUUCUUUAAAAUGGGUUUCUAUGGGAAGAAGUUUCCUUUCUUCCUUAGGAAUAAGGAAUUCGUCUGUCGCGGCUAUGACUAUGAAAGGCUUGAGGACUUCCAGCAAAGGAUGCUGGGGGAAUUCCCUCAAGCUAUUGCCAUGCAACACACAAAUCAGCCAGAUGACACCAUCCUGCAGAGCGACGCACAGUACUUGCAGAUCUACACAGUGACUCCAGUGUCAGACAUCUCUGAUGUGCCUCAGUUGGAGCGAGUGCCUGAGAGGAUCAAGAGUUUCUACCGCAUAAACAAUGUCAGCCGCUUCCACUAUGACAGGCCUUUCCACAAGGGGCCAAAGGACCGUGAGAACGAGUUCAGGAGUCUGUGGAUUGAGAGAACGACUCUCAUCCUAUCUCGUCCUCUCCCUGGGAUCUCCCGCUGGGCAGAGGUGGAAAGGAGAGAAGUGGUGGAAGUGAGCCCCCUGGAGAACGCUAUAUACGUGGUGGAGAAUAAGACCCAGGAGCUGCGGACUCUGAUCAGCCAGUACCAACACAGACAACAUCAUGGCAACAUCAACUCACUCAGCAUGUGCCUCAAUGGCGUCAUAGAUGCUGCAGUUAAUGGAGGGAUCGCCAGAUAUCAGGAGGCCUUUUUCGAUAAGGACUAUAUUAAUAGUCACCCUGAGGACAUAGAAAGGAUCACUCAUCUGAAGGAUCUCAUGCAGGAACAGGUGCACAUUCUUGGGGUGGGGCUGGCUGUGCACGAGAAGCUGGUGCAUCCAGAAAUGCGUCCUCUGCACAAAAAGCUAGUAGAUCAGUUCCACAUGAUGAGAACGGGUUUGCACCAUCAGGGUGUGCCGAGCAUUGAUCGAUUUGGCCCAGCAGGCUGUCCGGGAGGAAACUCUCCCAGAGGGAUCCUCUCAUCCCACAACCACAUGAGUCCUGAGAGCGUGCGCCUCAUACACAGACACAGCCCUCUGAAUCUGCAAGGUUCCAUCCGCCACUCGUCCUCCUCCCUCUCCUCUCACACUUCGAGCGAGGCAGGAAACCUGGUCAUUAUGACUGACGGCUUGAUGGGGGAGCAUCCUGAGGAGGCAAUGCACAUGCAGCCAAGUCCCUCAUCCUCCAGCCUGAGUUCAAUCCGCUCAAACUCCUCCCAGAUCAUUAACUCUGCUCCGUCAAGUGCCAGAGGUUCUCCAUCCUUGCCUGACAAAGCCAAACACAACCGAGACAUGAUGGUACUUCUGCCGUCUCAUCGUGAGAGGGCCAACAACUCGAUGUACUACAACAUGGCAGAGAAUGGACAGAACAACCACAUGCAGCGUGCCUUACUUCAGCAAGUUAGCCCAUGUAAGCCUUGUGCUGAUCCUCACAUGAAUCUUCCAGAGAAGGUUUUUCCCAACACUCCCAGCAGCUGGAGUCUGGAUGGAGACAACAGAGACCAGGUUGCCUACAUGCCGCCUUCGACUGGAGGAGUCAUCAUGCCUCCUGCUCCACCGAGAUCCUUCCCACAAGGACAUUUCAUGAUGCACUGUGAUGCAUAUCACCACCAGAACAGUGACCCUCCUCCUGCCUUGCCUGUCCGAUCUCUCCGGAAGUCCCCUCUUCACCCCAUCCCUGGCUCCCCCACCAGUCCCCAGUCAGCUUUGGGUGGCAGCAACUCAACUCUGUCAGGCAGCGCCAGCAGCGGCGUUUCCUCUCUGAGCGAGAGCAACUUUGGAGGUCAGUAUCCCGACCCCGGUCCCAUUAGGAAUGACGCCUUGGAGCCUCUUCCCAGUCACCUGUGGUCUCCCCCUGAGGAGUACCUGGCCUCCCCCUACCUGCACAUCCACUACGGUGGAACGGAAAUCGACUCCAUGGACCCGGUCCGCCCUUUCCAUUACCGCAGCCCCGCCUCCCAUCCGCACGCACACCAGCACUCUCACGGUCACGCCCACCUCGGGAUGGACAGCCACUCCCACGGAAUGCCGCCUCAUCACCACGCUCCCCCCCACGGCCCCCAUCACAUUCCUUACCGCCGGCCUCAGCCUCCAGCUGUGCCCUCCAAGCCCUACUUGCGAGAGGGCUGCAUUCCCGAGGAGGAGCUGCCGCCUCAGCCCAUCCCGCUGCCUCGCAGGAUCUUCCACUCACCUCACGGCCACAGAGAGGACCAGGGGAAACACGCCUGGGAGCAGUGCAUCAGCGAGGAGCACGAGGAAGCUCAGUAAUGGCGAGGUUUCAGCUAAAUUUCAGUUAGAGCUAUUUUGUCUUCUUUCCUUCCUGGGCACUGUUAAUAAGGAACAAACAGAAAAAGGGUGUGUGUUCAGCUGGCUCUACUUUCUUGUGUGUUGCGACGACAGUGCUCAUGAAGGAAAGAAAGGAAACAAACCUUCGUCAAGCUUUACUUUGAGGCACAACUGCUCUACCUGACUUCUUAGAUUUGAUAUGAAAAAGAGGAAAUACCUUUGAGGCAUAUUCUUUUUGUUCAACAACGGAAAUUGAUUGUACACAACUGUACAACUCAUGUGCGGGCAUGUAUGUUUUGUUUUUUUUUCUUUUUAAAAUUUGUGAAACGACCACAAUCUCAAGCAGUAUCAGCUCUUUGUGUCAAUUUCACAAAAACAAAGUUUUUUUUUCUCAGUGAAGUGACUUUUCUGCUUUAAAUGCUUCAUAUGUAAGAAUAAUUGUUUUGAUAAAUUUGCUACAUUUUAGUGUUUUCAAUGGCUUGCGCCCAUAAUCUUUUUCAAACACACUGUUAAGUGCUCCUUAAUAGUGACUCAUAUCUACUGGUGUGAACUGCAGGUCUCCGAGGAUGAAUUUGCAACUCUCCUUUUGGACCAGCGUCUCAGAGAACACGAACAGUCAAUGACGAUUUCCCAUCCAUACUGCGCGUAUGGAAAAGCUAUGUGAAUGUAUUCAGAUAUGAUGCUCUUGUAAUGCACAAGCUGCAAAUCCUGGUUUUUGCUUAAGUGCUUUAAGUUAAGUCUCUGCUGAGGAGGUCGAUGUUUGUUUCUUGUGUGGCAAAUGAUACCCCGAGAGGAGUGCGGCGGAGCUGGAGGACGGUGACAGACACACACCACUCAACUUCACACCUCAUCCCCCUGCCAGGCACUCAGAGCCAACCCUGGUUCUCUGUUUCUCCCUUCAUCUUUCCCCUUCUCUUCGUGGCUGUCAGGUCCUGCGAACCUGUGAACCGGGGACAGCCGCCGUGGCGUUGGGCUCACACAGACAGUGUUGUAAUCUCCUACCUGCCUUAAGUGCACUCAAAUGCAGUCUCGAUCGAACACCCGGAGUGUGUGAAGCUCAUUUAACGACAGCAUUUUCACUCUGUCUACAACAAAAACUCUGAAGGGGGGAAAGAAAAAAAAAGUAUUAUCUACCAAGAAAUGUUUUGUUAGUUUUCAUCCUUCAUGCUUUUGUUUUUAUAGUGCCAAUAUAUUCUAUUAUGCCUGCAGCUCUUUCUCAAUCACUUUACGUUUUUAUGAAGAGGGACCUGUUCCAGGACAAGACUGAGUAGAAGAACCGCGCUGAUUAUUGUCCUGUUAUCUUUUGGGUGUAUUUUGCCAACAUUUUUAACAAUUUUUUUCCUUUUUUAAUUUUAUUUUUUGCAGAUGGAUUAUUUGUGUUACUGUACAUCAAAGUGUCAGUUGACUAGACAAGUUCUAUUUUUGUAUGUGAGCUCAUCAGUUGUGAAAACAUAUUCCAGAAACUGACGGAAGGCACAAGUGCUGCAUGGGAGGUUCUACUUUGUAUGGAGCUGAAAUUACUACACACAAUAGAGUUUUUGUGAGUAUCUUUUGUGAGCUUGAGAGAAGCUAGGAUCAUUAAAACAAUACUCCAGAUAUAGGAAAGAUGGAAUUUUUCAUUGUAAAUUCUGUUAUUGUACAUACACCAGUAUUGUGAAAUAUUUUUGAGAACUAUUGCAGAAGCCCUAAAGAGGUUUAUCGUUGUUUGUUUUUGUGUAUAUACAUGUACUCCAGAGAUUAAUGUAAUUGAUAAAUAUCUAUAAUCAGUGUUUGGAAAAGGACAAAUCCAUUAGACCGUGGCUGUCUCCACCAUUCUUCUCAUAUAAAAACUUUAUACACUUUUCAAUGUGCUUUCCUGUACAGAUGGUGUUAGCAUGAUCAAAAAGUGUUUGGUUGUAAAAGUGGUUUUCCUACUCCCAUAGCUGCUGUGGUAUGGAAUUCAUUAACAAUGCCAAACAUUAAAGACAAUCUUUUAUCAGCUCUAA